AUAUAAGUCAUGUGAUCUGUCAUGUGACGAGUCACGCGCUACUCAACGCUCGCACCAAGCAGGUGACUGUCUUGUGAUAUCUUUGACAAUAAGUUAAGCAGCAUAUAAACAUCGUCGUGGCUUUGGUUGGCAAGUAUCACCUGUGCACGGCAAAAAUGAAGUUCCUGUUACUGGCAUCAGCUGUUGCUGUGGCUCUGGCAGCACCUAGGAUUGACUUUGGUCUUCUUACGGAUGAAGAAAUCGAAUACAUCAAUAAAGUGCAGACAUCCUGGAAGGCUGGCCGCAACUUCCCAAAGGAUGCUUCAUAUGUAAAGAAUCUGAUGGGGGUGAACAUUGUAGAGUCUAAAGCUCGUCUUGAUCAUUUGCCUAGAAAAGUCAUGGCAUUUGAUGCUGACCUACCCGAAAACUUUGAUGCCAGAGAAAAAUGGCCAAACUGCCCAACUAUCCAGGAAGUUCGAGACCAGGGCAACUGUGGAUCUUGUUGGGCUUUUGGUGCUGUGGAAGCCAUGUCUGAUCGCAUCUGCAUUGCAUCAAAUGGUGCUAAGAACUUCCAUUUAUCUGCAGAAGAUUUAGUUUCCUGCUGUGAUAGUUGUGGUAGUGGAUGUGAUGGCGGGUUCCCAUCUGCUGCCUGGGAUUACUUUAAAGACACUGGUAUUGUGACUGGUGGACAGUAUAACAGUAGCCAGGGCUGCCAGCCAUACCAAAUCCCAGCCUGUGAUCACCAUGUGGUUGGCAAACUGAAGCCAUGUGAAGGUGAUUCUGUAACACCCCAGUGUGAGAAAAAGUGUGAGCCAAACUACAAAAUUAGUUAUGAAAGUGACAAGCAUUAUGGCACACACACAUACUCAGUGUCUGGAGAGAAGGAAAUUAUGCAAGAAUUGUAUACCAAUGGACCUGUAGAAGCAGCAUUUACAGUAUACAGUGACUUCCUACAGUACAAAUCAGGUGUGUACAGACACACCAGUGGCUCUGAGCUUGGAGGUCAUGCUGUGAAAAUUCUUGGAUAUGGAGUGGAAGAUGGCGACAAAUACUGGCUGGUUGCCAAUUCUUGGAAUGCUGAUUGGGGUGCACAAGGUUUUUUCAAGAUUUUGCGUGGCAACGAUGAAUGCGGCAUCGAAGAUCAAAUUGUUGCUGGAACACCAAAAGUUUGAUACCCUGCUGCACCCAGCAACUUCCAACAUUGGACCUAUCUUCAUUUAAAUCUCGUUUUUUGCUCACUUAGAAAGGAAAAUGCUGAUAAAAUGUUCACAAUCUGCAAAUUGAGCAAAUAGGAAACUCUCCCAUAACAGCACAAAUCCAUUUUGAUCAUGUUUGUUUGUGAGAGUGUUUUCUGCAAUAUUUCAGAGUGAUCAGAAGCAUUAUUUUUCUUUUUUGUAAAAUGUACGACACUUGGAUCUGUAGUUUGUUUUUUUGAGGAAUUCACAGAGGUAGUUCUCCACAACUCAUGAGACAUUACACAAAAGGUCUUCUCAACACCUGAAACAUUCCAACGUUAUUUCCAGAAGUCAGGUCUUUGGCUGUUGUUGAGGCUGUUUAUGGAGGUUUUUAAUUGUCAUAACCUCAGAAGCCGAUUUUAGCCAUUAGAUUGUUUAUGGCGAUGAAACACAGCAGUUUUGUACAGUUUUGUAGAGCAACAAUUCUGGUUAUAGUGUUCAGAGGCAGUGCAGUGAUUCUUUACAUGUGUUAUCAUUGAUGCCUGUUUAGAAUGCAGUUGAGCUUGCUACAAACACUACUUUUAUCAAUGGCCAAAUUCCACAGUCUAAUGAAUGCAUAAGGAACAGUUAUUCAAGUUAAAAUUUUGAGUAUUUACAUGUUCUAGUACUGACUGUCAGCUCCAUAAGUUUUCUACACGUUUUACACAUUUUUUAUUAAAAGCAUUUUUUGUCAAAAUAAAAAAAUUUGAAUUG